AUGCGAUGUCUCUAACCUAGCAAUGUUUUUUAUAUGUGCGCAAGCGCAACGGUAAGAAGAGUUUAGAGAAAUAGAAUACUAACAUAAAAAUUAAAAACACCUUGCCUUGAAUUUAACAAAAUUCCUGUCAUAUGGGCUGCCAUAAGCCCAAAACAAAGCCCAUUAAACCUGCAACGAUAGUGAACGAAAAAGGAAUCUCGCUAUCUAUCGGAAAUUUGACCCAUUCCACCAUCUCGGGGAAAAGACGGCGAAAAUGGAGGAACGGAACGAGGCCGGAACCGGUGCCGGAGAGAGCAGUUUGUUGGAUGGAUCAGAUCACUGGUGGUGGGCAUUGGGAAGUGGAGCCCAAAUCAUGUGGGGAGUGCGAUUGAUUAGGAGAGGUUACGCCGGCGACGUUCGUUUAAUGCCGCUCAAAGCCUUCGGUGUCGCAUCACUCUUCGUCGGCUCGUUAGCCACCAGCUCCGUCGCAAUAGUCCGCGCCACAGGGAUCCACACGGUUCAAGAUGCGAUUGAUCUUGGAGCCAACAUUAGAACCAAUUUGGGGGUUACUCCUCAAAUACCGGAUAAGCAAAUCACUGAGAGAGAGACGGAUGAUUUAUCAUGAACAGAUCGUGCUUGAAGCUCUAUCGUUGGAUUUCACUAUGAGACGAUCAUGGAAUUAUAUAGAUAGACCGACCAAAAUUUAGGUGGUCUUUGUCUGAAACUUCAUAAGGUUUUUGGGUUUAAUUGAUUAUGUGCUCUGUCUUAGUUUCCUUUUUCAAAUCAAAGUCCUUAAAACAGUAAA